AUGACUGAGGAGUAUACUGACAUUUACAACAACAUCGAUGACUAUGAAGACCAGUUGUGUCGCAAAGAGGAGGUGGUAAAAGUCGGAUCUAUUCUCAUUCCAUUCUUUUUCACAGCAGUGGUUGUAUUGAGCUGCAUCGGUAACAUCCUCGUUCUGGUUUUCCUUGCACUCUACAAAAGCCUUAGAUGCCUAACUAACGUCUUCAUCCUCAAUUUAGUUCUGUCAGAUCUGCUGUUCACUUUUGGGCUUCCGUUUUGGGCAUCAUACUAUAUUUCUGGUUGGACAUUUGGAGAGGUUGGCUGUAAAGCUGUGAAGUUUUUCUUCUAUGUGGGCUUUUACAGCAGUGUGCUGUUCUUGACUCUAAUGACCGUUCAGCGUUACAUGGCAGUGGUUCAUCCUCUGUCCGACUGGGAGAGAUGCAGAUGCUUUUCAGUAGCUCCCUUUAUCAUAUGGAUGUUGAGCGGAACAGCUGCACUGUUAGUCUCCCUUCGUAGCCAAGUCUUAGAACAUGAAGGGAAUCUUUACUGUGAAUUUGACAGUAUUCAAGUAAAACAUGCCGCUGUUUAUUUACAAAAUGUUUUCUUCUUGAUUGCAUUUUGCAUCAUGGGAUUUUGUCAAGUCAGAAUGUUCCAGACAAUCGCACAAUCCCGAACAAAGCGGCGACACAAGGCUAUCAAACUAAUAUUCUGCAUCGGGCUGGUAUUCUUCAUCGGUUCACCCUCAGGCCAUCCAAGAAGAAGCGUUAUUAUGGAUUAUGGCCGGACGUGA